AUGACCAAAGAAGCGACAGCAAAGGGUGAAAGACAACUGCUGCGAGAAGCGCGCGCCAAAUUUGUCGAGAGGUUUGGUCGUGAGCCCGUUGCCGCAGCGAGCGCGCCUGGAAGAGUCAACCUUAUCGGAGAACAUGUUGAUUAUUGCGAGGGGUUCGUCCUGCCUGUGGCACUUCCCUUCAUAACUCUGGUAGUUGGCAGUUACAACAACAAAGAAGAAUGUAACAUUCUCUCAGUCCUCGCUGAUGGACAGGAACUGAGGACCAGCUUUCCUACACCAUCCGUUGUUCCAUUGAAACCGGGAUCGCCUGCCUGGGCCAAUUACGUUAAGGGCGUUGUAGCCAACUUCCCUGGAACGUUACGUGGUUUCGACGCUGUGAUAGUCUCCGAUGUUCCAAUGGGGUCCGGAGUGUCUAGCAGUGCAUCUUUAGAAGUUGCUGUAUUUACUUUUCUAGAGGCAUUAACUGGCGUUCAAGUUGACCCGGUAAAAAAGGCGUUGUUGUGUCAAAAAGCAGAGCAUGAGUUUCCCGGCAUGCCUUGCGGGAUAAUGGACCAGUACAUUGUUACUCUUGGACAGAAAGACCACGCGUUACUCAUCGACUGCAGGUCGUUGGAAGCAACCCAGAUACCUAUUGAGACUAAGGACAUAGUCAUACUGGUGGUGAAUUCGAAUGUGAAGCACCAACUGACUGGCAGCGAGUACCCGCAGCGGCGGGCGCAGUGCCAGACAGCGGCUGAACAACUGUCGGUUCCUUCGCUGAGAAGUGCUAAUGUAAAGGACUUGGAAAAAUUGGAACGCAACGGCUGCGAGGAGCUGGUAUUCAAGCGCGCUACACAUGUUGUAAAUGAAAUCCACAGAACGGAGGAGACAGCAAACUGCUUGAGACAGAAGGAUUUUAAGAGAGUAGGAGAAUUAUUCUACGCGUCACACGACUCCCUCAGCACACUUAUGGAAGUGUCGUGUCAGGAGUUAGACCAGCUUGUGGACAUCAUGAGGCCAUUGCCCGGCGUGCUGGGAGCUCGGAUGACUGGUGGUGGAUUUGGUGGCUGCGUGGUUGCGCUGGUGAACAGGGAACAGGUGGAUGAUGUAAAAAGAAAAAUCCUAUCAGAAUACAACGGCAAUCCCGUGUUCUUCGUGUGCCAGCCGAGCGAUGGAGCGCGCGUUUUACAGUUAAAUUAA